AUGGCUAACACUACAUCCCCCACAAUCCGCGCUCGCAAUGCCAAGCGCAGACCAUCAGGAGCGUCGCCAAAGACAUCGGGCGGACCUCCCCAACCUGUGGCGGCGUAUGCAGAUCACAAAGUGGCGAAGUCGACCGUAAACCCAUACUUGACAGGGCUCAUCUUGGUCAUGAUGUCUGGAGGUGCUAUCCUGCAGGUGUUGAGGUUGUUUGGUGUCGGCACUGAGGAUAACUAUUGA